AUGAACACAACGAGUGACCAAGAGGCAACGAAUAAUAAAGAAGGAACGGAGAAACACGACGGUACGGUAAUUCAUUCAAUACACGGCCGUACUGUUGUCCGACUCGGCGACAAUCUUGUCAUAAAGUCAGGUCAUCUCCGCCGCAACGAAGGGGAAGCACUUCGUUUUGUUGCAGCAAACACAACGAUCCCUGUACCCAAGGUUCAUGAUAUCCGCCGCAACGAAGGGGAAGCACUUCGUUUUGUUGCAGCAAACACAACGAUCCCUGUACCCAAGGUUCAUGAUAUCCGCCGUGAAGAUGGCAAACCUGUGGCACUAGUGAUGGACUACAUGCCUGGCAAGCGACUUGAUGAAGCAUGGGCUACUUUAGACUCCAGUCAGAAGCUCUCAAUUGCCGAUCAGCUACACUCCUACAUGAACCAACUUCGCGAACUGAAGGGUGACUAUAUCGUAGCAGUUGGUCGCGGCAAAGCUAUCAUGAGAAAUAUUUCGUCAAUCGAAGGAGGACCAUUUGAUACCGAGCAGGAAUUCAACAAAUUUAUCCUGGCAGAUAUGGUUGAUCUAGCACCAGAUGUGCUACGACAUUAUGCCAAAUUUGCGCUUAUGGAUAACCAUGAGAUUGUUUUCACGCAUUCUGAUUUCGCCCCACGGAAUAUUCUUGUUGAAGGAGGUCGGGUUACGGCUAUUAUUGACUGGGAAUAUUGUCAGGCACUUCGGCAUCUGAGACCGAUGUAUGAUUGGCCAGAAUAUCUGGCCCGUAUUCUUCCACCCAAAUUUGAGAGAGAAUACAUUGGUAUGACUUUCUUGGCUCGUGUUUUAAGUCACUAG